AUGUUCCUGAACGGAUUGCAUUUUAUUCGGACCUCGAAAAAAGAGGCUGCUUCCCCUCCACUUGGCUUUCGUUUGUUCGAGACAUCAUCCCAUCAAGUAGGCGUCUUUUCGCUCAUAUCGCUAGGAUCCCAUGCCUUUGAUAAUUUGGUUUUAAAAGAGCCUCUGAAUUUGAACUCGAUUUUGCAUUCAGAGACGCUUUCAGACCCGGGAAGAUACAUUCCAAAUCUCGGAAAAUCCAUCGCAAGGCUUUCUUCUCUGCUGGAGCAGCGAUCACAGCCGCUCCCUGGUCUUGAUCAAUAUGCACUCCCAAAGGCCAGCAGUCCUGUAGCUAGAAACAAUGCAAAGCCAAUGCUGUUCCAGCCAAAAGAUACUCCGGCUUCGAAAAAACAAAAGACCGAAAAACACACGCCAUCCAAUGGCCCAUUAAAAAUUGUUCUAAAAUUUUACUUGCUCAUUUGCACUGAUUGGUCAAGUUACAGGGACAGGGCUACACAUUUAAAUUGA